AUGGCCGUUUACGAAUGUAGCAACACCAUGCGUGACUUUUUGCGCGAUUUGCCCAAGUGUGAGCACCAUCUCCACUUGGAAGGGACUUUAGAACCAGAUCUACUAUACCCUCUGGCGCAGAGAAAUAACAUCGAAUUGCCAGAACAAUUCCCUAAAACUGUCAAGGAACUGGAAGACAGAUACAAACAAUUCAAGGAUUUGCAAGAUUUCUUGGACUUCUACUAUAUUGGGUGCGAAGUGCUUUUAAAACAAGAAGACUUUUUCGACUUGGCAUGGGCGUAUUUCAAGCGUUCGCACUCGCAAGGUCUAAAGCACGCAGAAGUGUUUUUCGACCCACAAAGUCACACAUCGCGCGGUAUCGCUAUCGAAACCGUGGUGAGCGGGUUCCAAAAAGCAUGCGUCAAGGCCCAGCAAGAGCUACACAUUUCUUCCAAGCUCAUCAUGUGCUUACUGCGUCAUCUACCGGUGGAAGACUGCAAGGCCACACUGGAAAGCUCGCGCGUGUUGUUCGAGACCCAGCAGCUGCACGGGUUGGGAUUGGACUCGGCUGAAAAGCCAUUUCCUCCUGAGCUUUUCGCAGAGUGCUACGAGACGGCCCGCACUUUCCACCCGGAUAUUCAGCUCACAGCACACGCGGGCGAGGAAGGAGACGCCUCGUACGUGUCGAACGCUUUGGAUCUGUUGAAGGCGUCGCGUAUCGACCACGGUGUGCGGUCCACGGAAGACCCUGAGCUCAUGGCCCGUUUGGCGCGCGACAAAGUCAUGUGCACCGUGUGUCCGCUGUCCAGUGUUAAGCUACAAGUGUUCCAAGACGUACGGGAGCUUCCAUUGACCGAAUUUUUGAACGCUGGAAUCCCAUUUUCGCUGAACUCCGAUGACCCUGCCUAUUUCGGAGGCUACAUUCUCGACAACUACGUGGCGGUACAGACCAGAUUCGACUGGGACUUGGCCACUUGGGAGAAAGUGGUGCGCCAGUCGAUUGAGGGCUCGUGGUGUGACGAUAAACGCAAGAACGAGUUGCAAGCUGAACUUGAGGCGGUAGUUACGAAAUAUAAGGCUUUGGCAUAA